AUGGGGGAGCAGCUAGAGGACAUGGGAACAGUUCUAGUGAUCCCAGGAGCUGGCAUGGGAUGGUUGUUUGACACUGUUCCCUUAGAAAAGCACCAUGUUGCAGGGAGCAGAUGCAGACUGGAGAGGUUUUUGGUGCUGACAGACUUGCUCUGGCAACUGAUGCGCGUGCCAGCAGCCUUGUCAUUGGAGAGACCUGGACGUCACUGUCACCAUAGAGAUGGCAACAAAGAUUCUGUUUCAAAAGGUGAAGAGAAGCUGAGAACUAGGAAGCUCCAGAAGUUCCAGCAGAAGGCUCUGAAGCAAACUAAGCAGAAGAAAUCCAAGUCGGCUGAAUUUCUGAUGGUAAAAGAAGAGAGAGCAGCAACAGAAGGCAUUGAAAAUCCAGCUUUUAACAUCAGCAGCACAGAUCUUUCAGCGUAUCAGCCUUCAGAAGAGAAAGUUAUUAGACAUGACAAGCCAGAUAGCACCCUUGCAGCUCACCAACAAAAACUCAGGCUGCAAGCCCAUGCUGAACCAAGAGGAAAUGAAUACAGCAGAAAUUACUUUGACCCGUUGAUGGAUGAGGAAAUAAACCCAAGGCAGUGUGGGAUGGAGGUCAGUGAAGAAGAUCCAGUGAAAUUUGAUGAACAAAUCCUGUAUGGUAAACUGAUGGAGCUUUUAGAUGAAGAAAACAAGAUGCCGGACUUCCAAGCAGCCUGUGUCGCCAGUGAAGAUUUUCCAGACUCCAUGAUGCCUGUCAGCUCCAGUAAGGCAUGUGACCUUCACAGGGAGCUUGAAGAUGAAGUGAUUCCUUCAUAUAUUGAACAGUUUGAGAGAGAUGUUCAAGAUGACAUAAUUCUGCUUGGCAGCUAUUCACUGGAACAGAACACAAAGGAGAAAGAAACGAAUGAAGACACUGGAACCGAAUUUUCCAAAAGCAGAAUGGGAAGUCAGCCAUUGAAAGCAGAAGAGAAUGGAUUUGAAGACGAAAUGGUGGCCAGCUUUGGUAACCUUGUAGGUAUGAAUGCUGGAUUAACUAGAGCAGCAGGACCUUGUCAGAAGGUUGACUGCUCCAAGACACUGCAGCUGAUAGAAAUUCACAUCAAAUGUCUGAGGGGAGUCAAAGAUAAGGUCCCUAAAGGCCACUACACCCUCAAAGUUUCUGUUCUCAGCCAUUUAGGUGGUGACUUACUGGAGUGGCCCAAAGCGAAGGGGCAGCCUCAGGACUGGACAACACUGCCUGUUAGUCAUGAUGGAAACUACUACAACAUUGGAAUCUACUUUGGACAAAGUAUCCAGACUCUUCUACCCCCUAGAAAAGCUGUGAAGCCAGGCAUGGUCCUCCUCUUUGAACUCUUCCUUCUUCGGGGGACCUGUACUUUGGUUGAUCGAGAAGUGGGAUGGGGAGCUUUUCCCUUGUGUGACAACAACUUUAAUACUUUGGAGGGAAAAUUUAAAUGUCCUUUCCUCAGAGGCCAUUACGACUCCAAAGUUGACCGAUUCAAAAAAAUGGAAAAUUUUAUUUCUCAAGACCUGGAUCAUUGGUUAUGCAAUCUCUACUUUCAGGUAAUUAAACUACCACAAGAUUCAAAUAAGCAUCUCCCACCUGAACUUCUCAUGUAUUCAAGCAUUGCUGAAAAGAAUGGUGUCUCAGAGAAGGUUGGAGAGUCUGGAGUAUUAGAGGAUGACUUUUACCAAGAUUGCCUUGGCAGUGCAGAUGAACACUGCAGCUCAUUUCAGCCAAAGGAAGAACAAGAAGAGCAUCACAAGAUCAUCUGCAAUAACCCACUUGACCAAUAUUAUAAGGAAGAAUCAAGUCCUGGGAACAAUGCAGGCCCAGAAGAAGGGAAAGCAUCUGCAGAGAGAAAUUUUUAUUUAGAAGAGUUAGAGAAAUAUACCUUUUCUGUGUGCUGUCAUUCUGUUGCUGAAGUGAAAUUGUCCAGGCGAGUUGUUGAGCAUUUCCAUUUUGUGGUAUACACAGUCUUCUCAGAGCUGGGACCUGCACACUGGCGCUCCGGGGACUUCUGGCUGCUUGCCCUGCUAGUAGUUUUGCUUUGGUUCAUGAGACUUUACCUACAUUAUUUGAGCCAAUGGCUCUUUCUUCAGACCAUCUCCGUUCCUGUUACAAAAUUCCAGCUUUUCCCACACACCGUUGAGCUGUGCUAUCAGAACUCCUUGCUGCACACCACUGAAGAGUUGGUCAUGGUUGUGGUGGGACCCCUAACCUUGAACGCAGUGCUGCUUCUUAUGGUCCUGAUCAAAUGGGGCUGUCAGCAUCUGUUUGACUCAUUCCCUUCCUUCUUGUCAAAGUUUAUCAUAGCUCUGGGACUCUGGACAGUGCUAGACCCCUUGGCAGUGUUCGUAGUGGAUUCAGUCCUGGGGCGACUUGGAAACAGUGUAGAGGAACCUAUUGCUGAUGCUGCAAAGCUCUACUGGGUCUUUGUAAGAGCAGAGGAGUCAGGUAUUCCUGGUGUCUUAAUCACUGUAAUGCUUUAUGCAAUUCUAUCCAUCAUCUCAUCAACGACGUUGUACCUCUACUUUUUAAGGCUACAUAGUGAAGGUUGGCUUUUGGAUGUAUUUCAACGCAUUCAUGGUGAGGAAGGCACAUUUUUUGUUCCACUGGAUUUAGAGAUUUCCAGUCAAGAGCUGAGCUACAUUAUGAAGAGAGCUGAGCAGUGGAGAGGAAUCAAUGGUGAAAGACGGAUGGUGGCAGUAUCUGAUUAUAUCUGGAAGGACCAUGCCAGCAAGCCUGGUGUCUCCAGCUGUGACCUCCAGCAAGGCGAAGAAAUCUCUGACUCUGCAACCACAUCCAGACACAGCACCACCGUUCAUGUCUCUGUCUACACUGUCCACCUCAGCAGCUUCCAGGAGCUCUACAGGCACUUCCUCAGGCUACCUGAUGGGGCUAUCAUUGAGGCAUUUGGUGAUAUUACUGGAGAAAUUCUUUUGUGUAAUGAAAUGAGCAGAGCCCAGGAGUGCAUAAGUGAAAUGGACAGUAUGCUGCAUACAUCUUCACAUAUCAAGCUGAGGGAAAGGAAAAAGAGUACAGCGAGGUGGAAAGACUCUAAACUCCUGUACACAAUAUUGAACAAGAAACUAACUGAAGAGAAACCAUCAAGUUCCAGAAUUUUUUUUAUGGACAUUUUCCUACCUGAGCAGAGUUGCAGUUCUCACUGAUCACUCCAGCAUCUGAGGUAAUGCUAAUUACCCUACAAUGAGUGAAUGACACAAGCAAUGCAGUGGAGGCCACUAGGAUUGCUCAUCCACAUGACCGACCUCUGCUAUGAGUUACAGUGAUGAUCUGUAAUCUACUGCAGUUUACAGGUGACAGUACCAAGGAGGCAGCAUGCUAUAUGCAGCAUCGUACUUUGUGCAUCUUCUUGCCUCCAGUUUUGAAUGUGACUGAAUGUAAUGGUAAAAAUUUCUUUGGAAAAUACUAUAUCCUUGGUUUCCCUACACUGAGCUAAGCUAUCCCAGACUGGUUCCGUGAGAUUUUGACUUCAGUGUUGGUAACCUGCCAUUAUUUAGUCUGAAGACAAGACUGACUUUAACGUGCAAAGCCACCGCACCUUUAGUUGUGAUGGGAAUAUGCUGACUUUUUAACAAAUGUGGAUCUGGCUCUGAGGACUUGGUUCAUCAGUUUUAUUCCUUCAGUUAUGUUGAUGUGUCUCCAGUGACUUUCAUCUGGUCUGGGACGCACAAUUCUGCAGCAGUACAUAUUCUUGAAAGAAGAAUUUACAGUAUUCUUAAAUAUUAAGUGAAUUUAUAUUGCAUUUUUGCUGACAAUGUACAAUACUACCUAUUAGUUUUUAUCAUCACAUCCUGCGAGUUCCCAUGGUUGUUGGUCAAUAUACACUGGGUGGCCUUGGCUUUGAAAUUGUUUUUUGAAGGGCUCUUAUCAGCAACAUCAUCUGUAAUGCUCAGUUAUAGUUGCAUAGUAAUUGCCUGUCUAUGCAGUGUUCCUUUACAACAAUUUUCUUCCACGUAGCUAUAUAUAUGUAGUCAUUACUGAAAAGUGUAAAUAAAGAAUCCUUUUAGUGGUGCAGUUUCCCUAGGUACCUACUGUGCUCUUAUUAUCUAAAACAUACUCCCCAUCUGUAGUUCUGUUCUAUUAAAGGAUAAAGACAUAAGUAUGAAUUAAAAAUUAAAAUGCUUGUUGUAGAUUGGAGAGCAAGGUCUAUUAGAACAUAUCUGGCGCAAGGCUCACAGCACAGUAGAUAGAUUACACUGAGCACCAGUUAAGCAAAGGGAUGAAAAAUGACUGAUUUUAAUCAUCCAGUUAAAUAUAGUGCUAAGUGGUAUGUGCUAGCAUUAAAAGAAAAUUACUUAGCACUUCACCAAUCACAGCAUGAGAGCAUUCCAUUGGAAGCAGUAUUUCCAGUGGUGCUCAAUCCUCAGUUUUAUUAAAUAAAUUGGCUGUUAAUGCUUAAGGAAGCAGUUGAAGACGUAUUGCUAUGAUAAUAAAAAGAUUGAAAAUGUAAAAAUAAAGAGAAGCAGUACCUCAUUUUAAUGGAAUGCCCUAAGAAAACCUCCUUCUCUCUUAACAACAAAACUUCAAAGUGCUAGUAGAUCUGUAAUAUUUGCAUCUCCUUUCCUUUAGUCAAGUCUUCCUUUCUUACUAAUGAAUAUGACCUUUCUCUUUUUUUUAUCUCUAUAAUGACAUCUUUUUUUCUCAUAAAUCUGCUGCCAUGUCACUGAACAUUUUGAUGAGCUUUUCUGAUUCCCUCUUAUAUCUCCAUGAUAGGAUAUUAUUAUCCACUAAUCUAGAGAUGAGGAGCCUGAUCCUCAGCACAGGUACUUUUUGAUUGCUCAGUUAAAGAUGGAGAUGUGAAAAUUUACACCAGAAGAGGUUUUGACAUUGAGGACUAUCUUUGUAUCAUGCAGCAAUCUUACUUCCUCCACAAUAAUGGGCACUGGGAGACACUCAAAUCUGCUGUCUGAACAUGCAGAAGUUGCAAGAAGACAUAAACUUAUCUCAGACCAAACCUAAGCCUCCUUCUCCUAAACAGAAGUCACCUGGCAGGAGCUGCACAGCAAACGUAUUAGGAAUGACACAUGCAGGCGAUGGCCCAACAUUGGAGUCACAGCUGCAUCUUCACCAGCAAGAUCAAACAUUAAAAAUACAGAAAAUUUCAACUCGGAUAUCAAAAUUACAGGGUUAAGGAAAUUAUGCAUGAAGGCAUCUUGAGUCCUUCGUUUUCCCCCAGUUUCAUUCUUUGGAGAAUCCAAUUUUGAGUUUUAUUUUAUGACUAGUUUAGAAAGACUUUUUUUUUAUAAAGAGAUAAGUGCAGGUACUAGGGGACAAAUUAAGAGGAUGAAGACUAAGAAUCUCUUGUGAGUAUGUAAUUGCAGGAGCUCAUGUCUCUUCUGGAAUUCAUUGCAAACAUGACAAUCAGUUAUUUUCUUUGGUCAGGGGAGGAAGGAUAAGGGCCAAUAAGCUUUAACUUGUUGCAAAUACUGUUUAUUUCUGGGUUUUUUUUUGAGACAGGGCUAACAACCAUAUUCAAGGGAUAAGUCACGUAGUUCAUCUACUUUAGAACAAAGGUUAACUGGAGAUGUUUUGAGUUUUCUUCUGGUCCUACAUUUUUAGGUAUCUGUGACAAUGAUGAGAUCUGCUCAAAACAAGUGCCUAUCCCAUAUGCUUAACGCUUUAGUGAAAUCAGUGUAGUCCUAUACAGCAGAACUCUUUCCACUAUUAGUGUAGAAUGAUGCUGUUGGACAUGAAAGAAUAUUUGUAAAAUCAUGGUUUAUUUAAAAAAAAAAGUUUUCUUGUGAAAAACUUGUCAAUCUUUUGCAAUGUAUGCUCUAAACCAAGACAUGUAAGCAGUGCUUUCUUCUCUUGCUGCAGCAUAUUUUCAUUCACAUUUCCCUGUCUCCUUCUACUUAGAUAAGCACCUAGAAGUAUUUUUUAAUUGUUGUACAAGAUCUCUAUUUGAAGAACUUCUUUAAACCUUAAACCAACACACAUUUUCUUUGUACCAAUGCAACGUUUUCUUCUCAAAAUAUUUAAGGAUAUGAUAUUUAACCUAGUUUUCAAAAUACAGAAUUCCAUUUUACAUUUUCUUGGCUGACAAGUAAUGGUUCUGAUGCAUCUUUUCUGGGUAUGCCAAUUCUGUCAUAUACACUAAUAUGAAAUAAUGACACAAGGUUGACUUAACUAGAGAUAAUAGGGCACAUUUCUAAAACAUUCUGUAUGGGAGGUAUAUGGACAGACCUUGCCACUUAUUAAUAAAAUGGGAGAAGUUCCUCAUCUGCGCUACAACAUAUAACAGUUUCCUACUCCAAAGGCACAGACUCCUUACAUAAUAAAAUAUUAAAAAUAAAAAUGAAAGGAAUCCACACAGCAUUGUUUCAGGUAAAUUUUAGAACUUCACCAUGCGAUGGAAAACAUAACCACGUUGAAUUUGGCGCAAUAGACAAUUACCUUUGCAUAGAAAACCAGUGAGUGAAUGUGUGUUCGUGUGUGUGCUCAUGUGAAUGGAACAAUAACAGGACAGGUUUCAGUGGCAAAUCUCUGUAUUUGAAACCUUUUCAGGGGGUUGUCUCUUGUCCAUGUUGUUUAAGUCUUUUGAAUAAAAAAUCAGAAUUUGAUGGCUUUGUCUUCUGCAAAUAUUAUCUGUGUAUAUAUUAGAGAAACUCUAAACUAUCAGAGAACAUAUGUUACUUUUUUUGUAGAAUAUUUCAGAUUAGAGAUGGAAAAGCCUAAAAUUUUUGAUGAUCUCAUCACGUUAUGUUUUUUCUUUAAAAAGUGGUAGACAGGAAUUGGUCAUAGCUUCCUAUUCCUUCCCUCCUCCCUUUUUUAUCAUGUUUCUGUUAAGAAUUGCUCAUAUUUUGGGUCAAAAAAAUCUACGGACAACUGACAUUGGAAAGGUUACCAUGUUACAUCAACCUAUUAACAACACUUAAAUGUGUUUUCCCUGUGAAUCGAUGGCCUUAUGCACAUGAACCCAGCUUAUACAGAAUGCAACAUUUUACUUAUGGUUGGGGCUGUACUUACAAGCUGAGGGCUUCUCUGUGCUACUUUGACAAACAGGGAUUUUACAGGGAAAGUUGAAAGACCUGUUACAGGCACAGUUUGUCCAAAAAGAAAAUAGUGAGACUAGAUUAAGAGCUGUUGCAUUCAGGUGUCUGAUUUUUAGCCUUCCUCUUCCACCCUUGCUGUUGUUGUGGACACAAGCUCUACAUGGAGUGCAGCUGUGUGCUGCCUGAAGAGAUCAUCUGCAGCUGCAUUUUCAUGCAGGAGCAGCUCCUGUGGGACCUCUGUUUCACCCAUUUCAGGAUGAACAGCAAAUAUCUUCUGGUCCAGCUGCUUAAGCUUUUCAAGGCCAUUUUAACCAAAACCAGGUGAGAGAGCAUUCGCAUGAGCAACUACACUAGCAGUUACCUUUGAGAGAAGGGUGUGAGAACAGGUGUGGAUGGUGCUGUUAUUGCUUUUUCCAGCACAGCUGUAAAUGGAGUGGAUUUCUGUUCCGUGUGUGCUUGGCUAUCUGUUGAGUCUCAAAGACAGUUAAAUGGCUGGGGAUGACACAGGGAUUUUAAUGCUCAUUAGGGCUAUGAAGAUGAUUAGAGGGCUGGAGCCCCUCUGCUAUGAUAACAGGCUGAGAAAGUUGGGGUUGUUCAGCCUGGAGAAGAGAAGGCUCCAAAGAGAUCUUAUAGCAGCCUUCCUGUAUCUGAAAGAUGUGUACAAGAAAGCUGGGGAGGGACUUUUUAUGAGGGUUUGUAGUGAUAGUAUGAGAGGAAAUGGCUUUAAAUUGGGGGGGGGGAAAGAUUUAGACUAGAUAUUAGGAAGAAAGUCUUCAUAAUGAGGGUAGUGAGUAACUGGCACAGGCUGCCCAGGGAAGUUAUGUAUGCCCCCUCCCUGGAAAUAUUCAAGGCCAGGUUGGAUGGGACCUUUGGCAGCCUGAUCUGGUGGGAGGUGUCCCUGACCGUGGUGAGGGGGGUGGAACUGGAUGAUCUUUAAGGUCCCUUCCAACCCAAACCCUUCUAUGAUUCUAUGAUUUUAUUCCAAGACGAAAAAAUGCAAGAAGUGUGUGCCAGAGAUUGUGCAGGGAAGCAACACCUACAUUAGCAGCAGUACAGGACAGUAGGAACAGAUCAGUAGUGGAGAAAAGCUGGCGCUGAAGGUCUGGCAUCCAUGCCACACAAGUUGUAAGAGUUUACUUCGGACUAGUUGUAGUCUGGUCCUAUGGGCUUAAUGCGUAUUAAAAGCCCAUUCCAGUUUUACUCCUGGAAUAAACUUUCGGUAAUAAGUUGGAAUAUUCUUCCAGCCUAGUUUCAUUUAAGAGACCAAGUAGAUGUCCCCUGAGACUACCACAGUGUGAAGAAGAAAGCACAGUAAUUGGAGACAUUGGUAAGAUUUCCCCUAAAAGCUCACCUAAGAUACUAAUGUAGAAAUGUCCACAGUUACCCACGUCACCUGGUUUGAUAUCAGCUGAGAGACAAAAUGUCCACAUAAUCGAUCAAAGUUGAUGGCUGUCCAUGAAUGGAACCUUCUCAGCUCUAUAGUGGCUUAUUCUCUCAACCCUACUAGGGUUGUCAGUGAAGUCAUUAAGUAGCUAUAUGUUUUAAAAUUCUUAAAUAAUUCUACUUAGGUGUUUGCUUUCUCUCUAAUAUUGUCGUAUCCCUGGCGAUGUGUGCCCUCUUUCAGCUUUGUCAGGAUAUAACGGGAAAGCAAAGGGAACAUUAGCUCCAUGCAGUGUAAGGCUUCAUCCACCAGGUGUUUGACAGCCAUAUUUUAGAUAAGACUCUGUGAAAAAUGUGCUUUAUUUUUUAACAACGUAAACAUAUUUUCAAAAAGAAAAAAAUCAACUUUAUUUUAUGGGGAAUUAUUAUUAUUCUUUCACUGAUAUACUUUGCUGCUGUUUUCCCUUCAUUCUUUUUUUCUGCUCAGAAGGAGAAAUUGAGCCCAUGCUUAAACUAUAGCUUAUACACCUUGGGUAGAGGAUAGCACUAAAAUAGGGCUUGCUAACCAGCUUCAGACUUAACAACACUGAAGAAAGAAUGGAAGCUUUUGCAUGGCCAUUACUCUAAAAACCAAAAUAGGCUAUUGGUUAUGCUUUUGGUUUUCUCUAGUAUGCUUGCCAGGCACUCAUUUUGUCUGUGUCUAAUUAUUUGGUGUGGAUGGGGAGUCCCAUUCACUCUGCAGGCUUCAGCCCUCUGCUGCCCAGUCAUCUGGGUCAUACGCAGUCCUAGCUGUUACAUUUCCGAAUAAGAUGAAACAAAAAAAUGCUGUGAAUGAUACUGCUUCAAGUGAAGGACCCGAUCAGAAGUCUUCUCAAGGCUUCUGAUCAGAUGGGAUUUGAAUGGGUGAGGAAAGCAGCCUUAUACAAGGUCAGAGCUUCAUAAGUGAAGGCUACAGUUUUUUUACAGGCUCUGGUGCUCCUGAAAGGGGAGCGAUUUGCCUGGUAAUUAGGUCAGGAUUGUAAUAGUUUGUCUUCCUUUUAUGUUGUUAUGUGAAUAACUCGGAUUUCUUUUUUCUUCUCCUCAGACUCAGCAGUACAAUUUCAAAAUUGACAUGGUGCUUAUCAGAAGUUAGUAAUUGGAUAGUGCAACCCAUUUGUUUGAUAAAGCUGAACUGUUCAUUUUUGGUUUCUAAAAGCUAAUAGGCAUUGUUCCUUCUUUGACAUUUGAUUUUAAUGGCUGUAAUGUUGCUCCUGUCUCAACAGUUAUAUGUCUGGGUGUUUUCCUUGAUUCAGUGCUUGCUCUGCAGGCUGCAGGAGAUUUUUUUUUAACUCUUUAGCUUCUGGCAUCUGUAGUAGUUUCCUCGCUCCUCCAAAUGUUGCUCUAUGUCAUGGAUCUGUCAAAUGCAAAGUGCUAGGAUUCAACAGCGAACUAAAGCUGAAGGUACAAGUGCAGUUUUUCCCAGGUCUGCAUUUCUCUAGUUGGUUCAGAAAUCACAUAACCAUAAGAAAAAAAUCUUCAUUAUUGUUUUGCAUCUGUGUGAUCCUAAGAAAAGUGGAGAGGUGGUGUCAAACUUUGAUGGAAAAGGGGUGUGUAACACUCCUCUGACUGUAUCAUCUGCUGCUGAUGAAGUUCUCCAAAGUAUCACUCUGGUACUAUAGGAUUGGCUUAUUGCAGGUCUUUUUUCUUUGGCCUUCAAACAAAAUCAGUUCAUGAACUAUGCAACACUGCUUUAAGACUGCUAGUCUUUUUAUAAGACUAGCCUAAUCUACAUAUGCCAUUGUCUCUGCUUUACAGUGUUUUAAUUGGCUACAAGCAGCUUACCAUACUGAUUGAAAAAUCCUUCUGUUGCAUUUAGAGCUACAGCUAAUUAUGAUCUUACUCCUCUCCUUGUAUUCUUGAUUUGUACUUCACAUCUCCCUCUCAGAGCUCCCUACUUUUUCUUUCAGCCUGGAGUCUCCCCUACUGGAACUCAUUCCCACCCUGGUUUCAUAAAACCCCAUUCCUAAACCACUGCUCUUAGCAAGAUACUGAAUAAGAUGGACUGUUGUUCUGGGGCUGGAUGGCAAAUUCUGCUUUCCAAGUAAAUACUGCACAGCUCUUGGUAGUAUCAUUAUGUUAGCUAAGGCUGGGUGUUUAGAGACUGUUUCUGUAGCAAAAUAGAAAAUAUAAAUUUAAAAAAAAUGACCUUAAGUAUUUUGUGCAGUUUUAUUGGGGUUAAAGAAAGUUCAUUAAAUUCAUUAUUUCCUUACAGUUAAAUACAGUAGAAUCCUUACUGAAAAGGCUGUUAGAAACAACAGUUUUCACUUUUGAUAGCUGUAAAUAUGUAGCAAAUUUAAUUGAAUAACUGAUUAUUAUGGAAAGACUAUAAAGAGAAAAAUGCUUCAAUGAAGUAUUAUUUUCCAGAAAUCUGACUAGUAAUUUCUCCUAUAUUAUGAUCCAAUGAUCCAAGAACUUCUAACUCCUGCGAAAAAACCCAACAUGUUAAAUAUUGCAGAAUAUCCAUCUUAUUUUUAAGACUGGUACCUCCAAUUGCUGUACAAUCCUUGCUGCUGAUGUAAUCAAUGGGAAAUCUGUUUAAGCAGGAAAGAUGUGAAAUAGCAUGCCACACUGUGUCAUGAAUAAAGCUGAAAAAAUUCUACUUGACACAUUGUGUCACAAGCUGGUGGCAGAAAUUUUAGGAUAGUUCAGGAACUCAAAGAGAGUUCUUCAAAGAUCUGGAAAGUGUUGUCAUCAAUCUCUUUGGAAUAAAAUGUGUGAAUUAUUUUUAUCAUUCUGUGUCUUUAAUAUCCAUAUUUCCUUCUUUUGUGCCUUAUUUUAUGCAUUUAAUUCAAAUGAGAGCAAAUGUAUUCUCGAUGAAUGUCAUAUACAUAUUAUAUAAUAGAACUAUGAUUAACUCUAUGAAUAAUUACCAGUUGCAACUAAACAAUUCAGAUGGAUAGUUUCAUUAAGUAAACAACAUGGGGUCAUUAUAAGGUUCUGGUUGCUGCCCCCAAUGUUAGAAAAAAAUAUAGUUCUCUGAACCGCCAGUCUGUAUUGGUGAUAAAAUAUCCCAAGUAGGCUCACAUUAAGCUGGAUAAUAUUCAGGCUGCUUGAUUUGUAUUGAAUAUGUGUCUGGUGGCUGAAACCCACUGUAAUGAACUAGCCCACAAAUCACAGCUUAAUGGGAAUCUACUUAUACAUAUUGCUUAAUUAAAAGUUGUGAGCUUAUUAACAUGUGUCUUUGGCACUGAGCUUUGGGGAUGUAAUCUCUGUGCAAAUAAGACUAGGUUGUAAAAGUUUUAUAGAUUGACGAUGAUAUUAAAUUCCAUACCUUAAUAACCCAUAAUUUUCACAAAGCAUGGUUCCUUUUCUGUAUUUAUUCAAAGCUGUGACAAAUUAUUUGUUUGCAGUUCUUUACAGUGUAGGACUU